GCACGCUGCGUGCGCACGUCGGGCCCUGACGCCGUUAUCGCCCAGGGGCUGACUCCCGCCCCGGCCGCGCCAGCCGGGGGUUGGGCGGCUGGGGCCGCAGCAGUCCAACCCUUCGGACCUCCCCCUCCCCGCUCCGAUCUGCCGGCUGGUCCGCGACCCAUGUGGGGGUUUGGGUUCCUGCGGUCGCCGCCGCCACCACUGCUCCUUCUGCUGCCGCAGCUCAGACUCGGGAUCGCCGUCUCCUGCUCGACUCAGGCCGGAACCAUGAACCUGGGCGGCGGCAGCGGUGCGCGGGGCUCCCCCUCGGCCGAGGGGCACCCGCCGCAGUGCGUGAGACUGUCGGCGGUGGCGGGAGCCGACCCGCAGCGCAGCAAUGAGUUACUCCUGCUGCCGGCGGAGGGGGAGGGACCGGCGCGGCGGGGCGCCCCGGGGGACCCGGCGGAGGAACAGCAGCAACCGCCGCCCCAGCAUCACGUUCUCUAUUUCCCCGGGGAUGUGCAGAAUUACCAUGAAAUUAUGACUCGACAUCCUGAGAAUUACCAGUGGGCAGACUGGAGUCUAGAAAAUGUUGCCACCAUUUUGGCCCACCGGUUCCCCAAUAGCUACAUCUGGGUGAUAAAGUGUUCCCGAAUGCAUUUGCACAAAUUCAGCUGCUAUGACAAUUUUGUGAAAAGCAAUAUGUUUGGUGCUCCUGAACACAGUAACAACUUUGGAGCUUUUAAACACCUUUAUAUGUUAGUAGUUAAUGCUUUUAACUUAAGUCAAAACAGUUUCCUACCAAAGAAUAUGAACGAUUUGAAUAAGGACUCCAAAGCAUCGAAUUGUAGAUCCAGCUCUUCUCAUACCUCUAAUGGUUGCCAGAAAGGAAAAGAGAGGACCUGUGAAAAUUUUGAUGAGUCUGCCACUAGUUUUUAUCCACCAUCGCUAAAUGGUGCAUCUUUUACUUUGGUUGGAUUUAGUAAAGGUUGUGUUGUUUUGAAUCAGCUGCUUUUUGAAUUGAAAGAAGCCAAGAAAGACAAAGACAUAGAUACUUUCAUCAAAAGCAUAAGAACAAUAUACUGGCUGGAUGGUGGUCAUUCUGGAGGAAGCAAUACUUGGGUUACUUACCCAGAAGUCUUGAAAGAGUUUGCUCAAACAGGGGUUGUUGUUCACACUCAUGUUACACCUUACCAAGUACGUGAUCCAAUGAGGUCUUGGAUUGGAAAGGAGCACAAAAAAUUUGUUCAGAUACUUGGAGAUUUGGGUAUGCAAGUGACAAGCCAAAUUCAUUUUGUAAAUGAAAAUCCUUCCAUAGAGAAUCACUUCAGGGUUCAUGAAGUAUUUUGAGACCAUAAGAUUAUAAAUGUGCUUGUUCAGUAGAAGAACAUGAGCACUAUAAAUUCAGAUGAGAUAUUCUUAGAGGUACUAUCUAUCAGAAGAAAGCACACAUUCCUAAAAUAUCAUUGUAAUGGGCAUUAGUAUUCCUUGCUUGUGAAUGUGAAGUUUUUAAUUUGGACUGUUAAUUGAAAUUAAAAGAUGGUUUGUGAUCAUCUUACAAGGAGAUAUAAGAUCCUUAACAAGGUUAUAUUAUAGUAUCCUUAUAAAAGAUAAAAUUAUUAGAAAUAGUACAUUUUCUGAGUUAUGUUUUAAACUUACUUUGGUAACACUAUAAUAGUAAUUAUCAAUUUUGGCAGUUAAAAUUUGAGUGGAAACAUUUUCUUUAGAGAUACAGGCAAAGGCAUUGAUGUUUUGUCAUUCUGAAGUGACUGAAUACUCCUUUUUAGGUUUUGUAAACAUGGGCUCAUUUUUCAGUGUGCCACCCAGUGUUUUUUCUUGAGUCAAAAUAUAUUUGUCCUGAAACAUAGUGUAAAGCUGAGUUUUUUUUAAAAAAAUUACACAAUGGCUUAAUUUUUAAUUGACAACUUUUGUAUAUGUUAGAGUUCCUUCAGUCUUUGCCAAAAACAGUUUAGAAAACUGUUAUAUAAUUUUCAAACAAAUUGAAAAAGUUGAAUGUAACUGUGUUUUGGUAAUACUGUAUAUUUAAAAUUUAUUCCUCCUAUCUUGAAAGAUUCUAACUUAGGUAAAAAAUAUAUAUAAUACUAUUAGUGUUUUGUUGAAAGGAGACAAAUUCUAUAGAUUUCGUAUUUCUUCAGAAGCAUGAUUUUUUGGUCUGGCAAAAGAAAGCGAUUCUCUUUGGCCAAAAUGCAAAAUUAUAUUGCUGUAAGAAAAGUUAAAAGGGAAAGUCUGAAGGCACAAGUGAAUUUGUUUUGGCUCAGAAAAUGAAUUUGUUUAACACUGCUACAUAAUUUGUGUGAGUUUCCUUCUGCCCAUUUCUUUUGACCUAUAUACAUAUAUUUUGAGAUGAAAUAUCAAACAACAAUGAAAUAUAACUGCAGUUACAAUAAAAGGUGAGUGGGGUUUUCUUGCUUAGUACUGAUUCAUUUUUGCAGGUUAUUAAAUAAUUAAGGGGAAGUUACAUAUUGGCUUAGUUUUUAAAACUCACCAAAACCUAUAACACAAAGGACAUAAAAUUUUUUUAAACAAAAUUGUUAACUUGUUUUUCCCCAGAAUAUAUUUUAAUGUCUGAAAAAUCAUUCUAAAUAUGACGACUAACAAGAAAAGAUUCUUAAUCAGAUUCUUAAAAAAUACAUCCUUAAUUUUAUUAACUACAAAAUAGUGUUUCAAUGAAUUUUGUGUUUCUGAACAAAGUACUUUAAUACUCUUUCUUUAAAUACCUGCCAUUUCUUUUGAAAUCAAAAAUUCCCAUUAAAGAAACAUGUCAUCCUAAUUUUAGCAUUUGAUUGAUAAAUUUGUCAUAAAGUACUGAUUAUUCAAAGAUUUUUUUUUAAUUGAGUAAUCCUUGGUCAUAUGCCUGUGUAGCAAAUGCUGAAUUGUUGAACUGCUGAAUGCAGAGAGGGAACAGGUUAAACUAAAAUGGCAAAUGCAAAAGUGUCAAGGUCAAAACCCGGCAUUUUUAUGUUUUGUUAAGUAACUAUUUUUAUGUUUUGUUAAGUAACCUUUCUUGCAUUGCAUCAAAAUGCGGCAGUCAAGUAGUUGAUCCAUCUUCAAAUAAUUUUAAUACUCCAAAUUUGUCCUUUAUAUGGUUAAAACUGUUGUGUAUUUCAGUAUAUUCUUCUGGAUUGUGCCUUUGUGAUUGUGGCAUGAAAUAAGUCAAUUGAGUAGUCAUACAAAUAUGAAAGUUAUUAACACCACAGCAUGAAGAUAAAAUUGUAUUAAAAUUAAUUCACAGAACUUUAGAUGUGCUUUAUGUUACUGAAUUUGUUAAAACUAGUUAUUUGAAAGGAAGUGGUUUAUUUCCAUUUACUCUUUGGAUAUGCCUUCAUUAACCAUGUUUUUUCAAAUCAGCCUUGAUUCUUUUCU